ACACUACUACUAUCUCACUCUCUCUCUUCCAACUGGUUCCCUCUUUCUUUCUCACUCUUCACUUUCCCUUUUAAUCAGGAAAAGCUCUGUUUUUCUUUCUCCUUUCUGUGUUUUUUUCUUCCACAUUACCUUAAAAUCUUCCGUUUAUCUGAAGUUUUCUUGUAAACAAACAGUCUAAUCCAAGUUCAAGGGGGUUUCCCAACUUCACUUCAGUGGAGGCUAAAGUCAUGACCUUUACAAGAAGACAGGUGUUCCUUGUUCUCUCUGUUUUAGCUUUGACAAUGCCGUUCUCGGCUGGAGUCACCAAUCUACGAGAUGUUUCGGCGAUUAAUAAUUUGUAUAUUACUUUGGGAGCACCAUCACUAUCACACUGGCUUGCCUUUGGAGGAGACCCUUGUGGAGAAAAGUGGCAAGGUGUUGUCUGUGAUUCCUCAAACAUCACAGAAAUAAGGAUACCUGACAUGAAGGUGGGUGGAGGCUUAAGUGACACCUUGGCUGAUUUUUCAUCAAUCCAAGUGAUGGACUUCAGUAACAAUCAUAUCUCAGGGACAAUUCCACAGGCUUUGCCUUCUACCAUCCGCAACCUAUCUCUCUCCAGCAACCGCUUCACUGGGAACAUUCCCUUUACAUUGUCCUUCUUAUCCGACUUGUCAGAAUUGUCAUUGGGAAACAAUCUUUUAUCAGGAGAGAUACCAGAUUACUUUCAGCAGUUAUCAAAGCUGACAAAACUGGACUUAUCCUCUAACGUACUGGAGGGGCGUUUACCUCCCUCCAUGGGAGACUUAGCGGCUCUCAAGAUCCUGUAUCUACAGGACAACAAGCUCAUCGGAACACUUGAUGUUAUAGAGGAUCUUUUCUUAACCGAUUUGAAUGUAGCAAACAACUUAUUCUCAGGACCUAUACCGCCAAAUCUAUUAAAAGUUCCCCAUUUCAAAAAAGAUGGAACUCCAUUCAAUACAUCAAUUAUAACACCGCCUCCGCCUGCUGUUGUUCCUCCUCCUCCUACUACUACUACUCACCGUUCUCCUCCUCCUGUUACUCAUAUCCCUCCUGGUUCCACUGUUCCCCCUGCUCCCUUUGCUCCUUUUGUUCCACUCCAACCACAACCACCACCACCAUCACCACCUUUAGUUUGGUCACCACCUUCUGAUAAUGGAGGAGGAGGAGAUCCCUGGAACUCUGUGUCAGGUCAACCUACCUUGCAAAUCUCACCUCCUUCAGGUUCAGCGUCAGGAAAGUUCUGGUCCACGCAGAGAAUCAUUCUAGUCAUCUGCUCAGUAGCCGUUAUAGUUCUUGUAUCCGGGCUAUGUGUUACACUUUGGAGAUGUUGCAGAAACAAGAAGUAUAACCGUUAUGUCCCUCAAGCUCGUAAAGAUUACCAACGACCAUACUUUAACAAACCUCCAUCUCAACCAACCACCCCCUUUAUGGGAAAAGUUUCUCGUGAGCCUAUGGUUAAACCUUACGAUGGAUAUGGAGCCGGAGACAGAUUAUACGGCUACCCUACGCCACCAAGGGCUGAAGAGAGCCGGAGAGCGAUUCCUCCUACUUCAUAUUACAAUGUUAAUGUUUCACAAAAACCGCUACAACAACCACCGAGGCGUUUCCAGUCCAAUGAUGCAGCUGCUACCAAGAGAACUGCUCAUUUUCCUCCAGGCUUGAAUACUUCAUCUUCCGCUACAGUUUUCACUGUUUCCUCACUUCAGCAAUACACAAACAGCUUCUCAGAAGAGCAUAUUAUCGGUGAAGGGUCGCUUGGUAAUGUAUACAAAGCCGUGUUUCCUCAUGGAAAGUUUCUUGCGGUGAGGAAGCUGAGCAAUACAAUCAACAGAACGCAGAGUGACGGUGACUUCCUCAAUCUAGUCUCAAACGUUUUGAAACUGAAACGAGGGAACAUACUUGAGUUUCUUGGUUACUGUAAUGAGUAUGGUCAAAGGCUGCUUGUGUAUGAGUACUGUCCUAAUGGUUCGCUUCAAGACGCACUUCAUUUGGACCGUAAAUUGAAUAAGAAGCUCACUUGGAAUGUGCGUAUGAAUAUCGCGUUAGGAGCUGCCAAGGCACUGCAGUUUCUUCAUGAGGUAUGUCAACCACCUGUUGUACACCAGAACUUCAAGUCUUCCAAGGUUCUACUUGAUGGAAAGCUCUCAGUACGCGUUGCAGACAGCGGUUUGGCUUAUAUGUUACCACCACGUCCAACGAGCCAGAUGGCGGGUUAUGCGGCACCUGAGAUUGAGUAUGGAAGCUACACUUGUCAAAGCGAUGUGUAUAGCCUUGGGGUUGUCAUGUUAGAACUGCUAACUGGAAGCAGACCAUUUGACAGGACAAGACGGAGGGAUCAGACACUAGCUCAAUGGGCUAUGCCACGGCUUCAUGACAUAGAUGCGUUGACAAGAAUGGCUGAUCCGUCGUUACAUGGAGCAUAUUCAGUGAAAUCUUUGUCACGUUUUGCAGAUAUCAUAUCACGUUCUCUCCAGAUGGAACCAGGAUUCAGACCGUCUGUAUCAGAAAUUGUCCAAGAUCUUCAACGUAUGAUCUAAGAUAAUCUACAGCCUUUUAAGACUUCGACGCAGAAUAUAUGUUUUAUUGUUCAGAUUCUUGUUUUAUUGGGCAUCAUCAACACAUCCUUUUGAUGAAUGUAACAUAUGAUGUAACAUUAUUCUUGUAUUGGUUAUAAUGUCAAA